GCUUGUCCUGCAGGGACGUUCAAGGCCAGCCAGGAAGCUGAGGGCUGCUCCCACUGCCCUUCCAACAGCCGUUCCCCUUCAGAGGCAUCUCCCAUCUGCACAUGCCGGACUGGUUAUUAUCGAGCAGACUUUGAUCCCCCAGAAGUGGCAUGCACUAGCGUCCCAUCAGGUCCCCAAAAUGUCAUCUCCAUCGUCAAUGAGACGUCCAUUAUUUUGGAGUGGCAUCCUCCAAGGGAAACUGGUGGGCGGGAUGAUGUGACCUACAACAUCAUCUGCAAAAAGUGCCGGGCCGACCGCAGGAGCUGCUCCCGCUGUGACGACAACGUGGAGUUUGUACCCAGACAACUGGGCUUGACUGAGUGUCGUGUAUCCAUCAGCAGCCUAUGGGCCCACACCCCCUACACUUUUGACAUCCAGGCCAUCAAUGGAGUCUCCAGCAAGAGUCCCUUCCCCCCACAGCAUGUCUCUGUCAACAUCACUACAAAUCAGGCAGCCCCCUCCACUGUUCCCAUCAUGCACCAGGUCAGUGCCACCAUGAGGAGCAUCACCUUGUCAUGGCCACAGCCGGAGCAGCCCAAUGGCAUCAUCCUGGAUUAUGAGAUCCGGUACUAUGAGAAGGAGCACAAUGAGUUCAACUCCUCCAUGGCCAGGAGCCAGACCAACACGGCACGAAUCGAUGGACUGCGGCCUGGCAUGGUGUACGUGGUCCAGGUGCGAGCCCGCACAGUGGCGGGUUAUGGCAAGUUCAGCGGCAAGAUGUGUUUCCAGACGCUAACAGAUGAUGAUUACAAGUCAGAACUGAGGGAGCAACUGCCUCUGAUUGCUGGCUCUGCAGCAGCUGGGGUUGUGUUCGUCGUGUCUCUGGUGGCCAUCUCCAUCGUCUGCAGCAGGAAACGGGCUUACAGCAAAGAGGCUGUAUACAGCGACAAACUCCAGCAUUAUAGCACAGGCCGAGGCUCCCCAGGGAUGAAGAUCUACAUUGACCCCUUCACUUAUGAGGAUCCCAAUGAAGCUGUCCGGGAGUUUGCCAAGGAGAUUGAUGUAUCUUUUGUGAAAAUCGAAGAGGUCAUCGGAGCAGGAGAGUUUGGAGAAGUGUACAAGGGGCGUUUGAAACUGCCAGGCAAGAGGGAAAUCUAUGUCGCCAUCAAGACCCUGAAGGCUGGGUACUCAGAGAAGCAGCGUCGGGACUUUCUGAGUGAGGCGAGCAUCAUGGGUCAGUUUGACCAUCCCAACAUCAUUCGCCUAGAGGGUGUCGUCACAAAGAGUCGGCCAGUCAUGAUCAUCACGGAGUUCAUGGAGAAUGGUGCUUUGGACUCUUUCCUUAGGCAAAAUGAUGGGCAGUUCACAGUGAUCCAGCUGGUGGGUAUGUUGAGGGGCAUCGCUGCUGGCAUGAAGUACCUGUCUGAGAUGAAUUAUGUGCACCGGGACCUGGCUGCUAGGAACAUUCUGGUCAACAGCAACCUGGUGUGCAAGGUGUCUGACUUUGGCCUCUCCCGCUACCUCCAGGAUGACACUUCAGACCCCACCUACACCAGCUCCUUGGGAGGGAAGAUCCCCGUGAGAUGGACAGCUCCAGAGGCCAUUGCUUACCGCAAAUUCACAUCAGCCAGUGAUGUCUGGAGUUAUGGAAUUGUCAUGUGGGAAGUCAUGUCAUUUGGAGAGAGACCCUAUUGGGAUAUGUCCAACCAAGAUGUCAUCAAUGCCAUUGAGCAGGACUAUCGGCUGCCCCCUCCCAUGGACUGCCCAGCUGCUCUGCACCAACUCAUGCUGGACUGCUGGCAGAAGGACCGAAACAGCCGGCCCCGUUUUGCAGAGAUUGUCAACACCUUGGACAAGAUGAUCCGGAACCCGGCAAGUCUCAAGACUGUGGCAACCGUCACCGCCGUGCCUUCCCAGCCCCUGCUCGACCGCUCCAUCCCAGACUUCACGGCCUUUACCACCGUGGAUGACUGGCUCAGUGCCAUCAAAAUGGUCCAGUACAGGGACAGCUUCCUCACCGCCGGCUUCACCUCCCUGCAGCUAGUCACCCAGAUGACAUCAGAGGACCUCCUGAGAAUAGGGGUCACCUUGGCAGGCCAUCAGAAGAAGAUCCUGAACAGCAUUCAUUCUAUGAGGGUCCAGAUGAGUCAGUCACCAACAGCAAUGGCAUGACAACUCUUGUUUUCUUGGAGGAGGAGAGAAAGGAAAAGGACCAGUGUCAAGGGGGAACCAGAUGUGACCGCUGUGGAAAAUGCUGGAGACCUGGGCUUCUCAGCUGGGAAAUGCGUUUCCAUCAGUGAAGAAUGAACUGGACAUGUUGCUCAAUAGGCAACGUUCAUUUCUCAGUGACAGAAGCAUGUUUAAGAUGCCGCAGGAAACCAAAUACAUAAUAAUAAAGAUAGAGAAAGGUGAUAUUUUACAGAAGUGGGGACAAAAAUCAUGUGUAUCGGAGAACAAGAGUGAACUCAGCUCCCACCCUCAGUGGGCCAGAGUUGCCUGUCUACAAGAAGAAGGGAAGGAGGUGGAAGGAAGAAACAAGCUGUGUUCCAUUUUCUUCCUCACCAAUGACGUUCUUUUCUUUUCUCCUUUUGUCCUCCUCCCCGAGAGUCCCUCCCUCUCCCACAUCCAUUUCCCUUUGCUCAUGACUCGUGUAGGGAAGUUACUUCAAACAAACCCAGCUCCUGAGUCUCCAGAUGUUGUUCUGUCAGUUGCCAAAGGACUUUGCUGACCACUGCAUGGGGAUCCAACCAAUUCAAUUAAUGUCUUCAUAUUGAAGAAGAGAUGUACCUUCAAUUGAAAACCUUGUUUUUCUUUUGUUUGCAUUUUCUGCAAAAAGGAAAAAGAAACCACAAAUUGGAAAAAAAAAUAGAAAAACCUGUUUCCGUGUGCAAGAGCACACAUAUGUAUGUCUGCGUUAUAAAAUGACUGUGCUUGUUCGUAACAGAUGCAAACAAGAAAAAGAACUGGGAAGUUUUUACCCCUGGGAAAUUCAAAGGGGCUGGAAUACGUAGUUGCUUUGGCUUUCUGGUUGGUCCAGUGGCUUCUUGGCUCAAAGGGAGUAGAGGAGUGAGAAAAUAAACAAAAUGAAAAGAAAAAAUUUAAAACUCUCAAGAGUUUGCAAAUUCAUACAGGAAACAGGUGAGUGGUUUGAAUUGGAUGCAGUGUGGGCCAUUCUGGAAUGAUACUGACUGAUUAAUUUUCUUGAUAACAUCUGAAGAAAAGGAGAAGGCAAGUGUUUCUGGAGAAUGUUCUUCCACAUCCCUGGAAUCUGCAAUUUAAGAGGUGGCAAGGGAGAAUUCUUCUUGCCUUACCUAUGGACUGGCUUAAGCCCUGUGGCAUCCAAGGAAUGUUUCAAUUGUGUCUGUGUUUCUCUUUACAUUCCUUAUUGUACCUCAUUGUUCAAUUCACUUUUGUAAAUUCCACCUAACAUUUAAAUAUUUUUGAUUUCUCCUUUUACCUUAAUCUCCUUGCUAAUUUUAUCUGUCUAAUUAAAAGGAGCAGAAGC